AUGGACCCUCAAGACCCCCAAGUUGCUCCCCAAAAUGCAGGUGAGCCUGGCCCUGAUAUCACUUCCACAUUACAAGAGGCUCCACUCGGCGGCCCAAAUCAACAAAUAUCACAAGUAAAGCGUGAGCGUCUGAUGGAAGAAGACGAAGACGACGAAGAUGAACGCAAAUCUGGCCGCGAACGAAGAAAAAUUGAAAUCAAAUUUAUCCCAGACAAGUCGCGUCGUCACAUUACUUUUUCCAAGCGCAAGGCUGGUAUCAUGAAGAAGGCCUACGAACUCUCGGUCCUGACAGGAACCCAAGUUCUGCUACUGGUUGUUUCUGAAACUGGUCUAGUUUACACAUUUACUACUCCUAAACUCCAACCACUUGUCACCGAGCCCGAGGGUAAAAACCUCAUUCAAGCAUGCCUCAAUGCACCUGAAACCAGACCCAAUGGCCACGACAUGAAUGUACCCAUAACUGACCCGGCAUUUGACCCCAACCAACAAGCUCAGCAACAGGCUCAGCAGGACGCGGUUGCUGCUGUUCAGCGACAGCAACAAGAGCACUUGCAAGCUCAAGCUCAUGCUCACGCACAGUCUCAACAACAACCGCAGUCUCAACAGCCAUCGCCAUCAACUUUAGGCAACCAAGUCCCUCAACAUUUGGGUUCUCCGGGCAUGUCUAACCAGGGCCUUCCUCGUACAUCCAUGCCCCAAGCUCCUGUUCCUUUGCAACAUGGUUUAGGUAACUAUCUUCCUGAUCAACAGUUUUCUUACAUGCCACCAAUCCAAGCACCUCCGCAGCAGCAACGAUAUAUGAACCCGCACCAGAACCCUUCACCUGGUAACUGA